AUCGGGAGGGGCGGGGCCUCGGGGUCCCGGCGCCGCGCGGUGCUGCCCGGCAUGGAGCGCCCGUCCGCGUCCGGCACCGAGAGCGCCAGGCUGCUGGGAGCGCGGGGACACAGUCUGUUCCCAGGCCCCCGGGACGCCCCAGCCCUGCUGCCCCCCAGGAAGGACACGCAGGAGCCGGGGGGGGGCCCGCUGUGCCCCUGCGGCCCGGCUCCCCCCCCCGGCCCCAUCCCAGAGAGGCUCCAAGCACGGAGGCAGCUGAGCAUCGCCUGCAGCGUCUGCUGUGUCUUCAUGGUUGGGGAGGUGAUAGGCGGGUACCUGGCGCAUAGCCUGGCCAUCAUGACGGACGCAGCCCACCUGCUGACAGACGUGGGCAGCAUGGCCGUCAGCCUCUUCUCGCUCUGGGUGUCCACCCGCCCACCCACCACCACCAUGACCUUCGGCUGGCACCGCUCAGAGACGUUGGGAGCGCUGGCCUCCGUGCUGUCCAUCUGGGUGGUGACCGCAGUGCUGCUCUACCUGGCGGCCGCCCGCAUCCUCAGCGCCGAUUACGAGAUCGAGGCGCGCACCAUGCUGGCCACCUCCGCCUGCGCCGUGGGUGCCAACCUGGUCAUGGCCUACGUCCUGCACCAGGGCCACGGGCACGGCGUGGGGGGCUAUGAGCAGCUGGAGGGGGGCUGCCUGCCCGGCCGUGCCCCCCUGCCCGGCAGCACCAGCGUCCGCGCCGCCUUCGUGCACGUGGUGGGGGACCUGCUGCAGAGCGUGGGCGUCCUGCUGGCGGCCACCAUCAUCUACUUCAAGCCCCAGUGCAAGAUCGCAGACCCCAUCAGCACCCUCUUCUUCUCCGUCUUCGUCCUGGGCUCCACCGUCACCAUCCUCAGGGACGUCUUCAGGGUUCUCAUGGAAGGAGCCCCGCGGGGAAUGGCAGUGAGCGCAGUGACGGAGGAGCUGCUGGCAGUCAGUGGGGUGAGGGCCAUCCACGACCUACACGUGUGGGCGUUGACGCCGAGCCACCCCCUGGUGUCGGUGCACGUGGCUGUGGAUGCCACCGCCGACCCCGAGACGGUGCUGCGGGACGCCACGGGGCGGCUGCAGCAGAAGUUUGGCUUCGCUGCGUGCACAGUGCAGGUGGAGCGGUACGUGGAGGCGGCAGGGGGCUGCCCACACGGCCACAACCCUCUGGCAUGAGCCCCCCCCACCUGCUGCGGGGCUGCAGCAGUGCCUGGGGGCCACAGCUGCGCCCUCCCCUCCUGCUGCCCCCGCCGGAGGGCAGGGAGCGGGGCAGCGUGGGGCUGGAGCUCGGCCCCUUCCCCUCUUUGUGUGUCAGUGUCUGUGUCUGUCUGUGUUCGUCCCGUCGCGCGGGGCUGCGGCCCCAAUAAAGGUGUUGGAGAGCA